AUGUUGUAUGCGUGCGUCGAUCACAGACUUUGAGGGAGCAUGGCAGGACCUUUCCCAAAAGUCUCGUCGUUGUCAAACCUACUGCAACAGGUGGAGGCGGCCACAUCUCCCUCGAGCAGCCUGGGGGCACAGAGCCAGAGGCAGUGCCGCGAGGGCAUCAUGAACCCCGGGCCCUGCUCCGAGGCAGACCGGGGCUUCUGCAUCAACAACAGGGACAUGCCCAUGGCGGCGUCAUCAUCGUCGUCCUUCAGCGAGGCACACGGCUACGAGUACUCCGGGGCCUCGCUCUACCAGCCACUGCCUCCCUCGUGCACAGAGUUUUCAAUUGGAGCUCAUCAACAACAACAUCAGCAUCACCAGCACCAGCAUCAGCAGCACCACCACCAGCAGCAGCAGCCACAGCAGCAGCAGAAUGGAGUUCUGGGCGAGGGGCAGAGUUCUCAUCUCUCUUAUCUUCCGCCCUCGACCGAGCUGCCCCAGUACGUGCCCUCCAGCCCCAGCGCGUCCUACAGCAUGGAGCUCGGGGCAGGGCGUCCUCACGGCUACGACCCAGGGCCACAGAGCCUCUACAGGGGCGGUGUGGAGAGCAGCGCCCCCCCAUACUGCGAGCAGCAGCAGCAGGUGGUGGGCGGCGGCGGCGGAGCCAUGUCAGCCAUGGGCUUGACGGAGCCGCGCCACGUCGGCUCCGGAUCGCUACCCAGCAGCACCCGGCCCGAGCGCAGCACCCAGUUCUGUGCCGUGUGCAGCGACUAUGCCUCGGGGUACCACUACGGCGUGUGGUCCUGCGAGGGCUGCAAAGCCUUCUUCAAGCGCAGCACGCAAGGACACAAUGACUACAUGUGCCCGGCCACCAACCAGUGCACCAUCGACAGGAACCGUCGCAAGAGCUGUCAGGCUUGCCGCCUGCGUAAGUGCUACGAAGUGGGCAUGGUCAAAGGCGUUCGCAAGGACCGCAAAGGCUUUCGAGGGGUCAAGCACAAACGUCAGCGCCCCAUCCCCCAGAAGAAUGGGGGAGGCGUCGGCGGCCAAGAUGUGAGCGUGACGAGGCCUCAGGGUGAGAGGCCCACUGGGCCGAGGGACCGGGAGAGCACCGUCACCUCACUUGAGGCUGACCAGGUGAUCUCGGCUCUUCUGGAGGCUGAGCCACCCACCGUACUGUCCUCGUAUGACCCCGACAAGCCUGUGACGGAGGCCUCGCUCAUGGCUGCUCUCACCAGCCUGGCUGACCGAGAGCUCGUGCACAUGAUCACCUGGGCUAAGAAGAUUCCAGGAUUCACGGCCAUCGGGCUGAGUGACCAGGUGCAGCUGCUGGAGUGCUGCUGGCUGGAGAUCUUAAUCGUGGGGCUCAUCUGGAGGUCUAUCGAUCGCCCUGGUCAGCUCCACUUUGCUCCAAACCUCAUCCUAGGAAGGGAAGACGCGCGCAAUGUGGAGGGCAUGCUGGACAUGUUCGACAUGCUGCUCGUCACCGUGAGCCGCUUCCGUGAGCUGCAUCUCCGCCGGGAGGAAUACGUCUGCCUCAAGGCCAUGAUCCUCCUCAACUCGGGCGUGUUUUUCUGCCUCUCCAAUUCUGCCAGGGAGCAGACGAAUGUGCAGCUCAUCCAGCAGAUCCUCGAGAAGGUGAUGGACGCCCUGGGCAGCACCAUCGGCCACAUUGAGGCGUCCCCGCUGCAACACUCGCGCCGCCUCUCCCAGCUACUCCUGCUGCUUUCGCAGAUCCGACACAUUAGCAACAAGGGCAUCGAGCAUCUCAACAGCAUGAAGCGUAAGAAUGUGAUCCCGCUGUACGACCUGCUCCUUGAGCUGCUGGACGCUCACAGCCUGCAGAAUACUGGCUUACGGACGUCGCCCCCACCGCAAGAUUUCAGGGCAACAUCCAAUGGGGACGGCGACGUGGCUGCGCAGCCGGGCGAGCAGGAGUACCAACCGUACGUUGCCGCGGAUUUCAAGGCCUUCCACCAGCCCGAGUCGCGGGAGUUCCGGACGCAUGCGGAUAGGCCGUACCUUGGCGGUGGCCACGCCAACAGAGGGUCCGUCGCGACCGUCACAGAGCCUGAAGUUAGGCCGCAGCACGAGAGGGAGUUCAGGGUGCAUACCCAGCGAGGAUUCAGAGAUCACGUGGAGAGGGAAUUCAUAACUCUGGGCAAAAGUACCGGCGCGUCGUCAGAGGCGGGAGGCCCCGUCACUUUCACGAGCAAGUCAUUGAUGUUUUAGUUAAGCGAUUCAGAGCGUCUGUUUUCAUGGGUGCAGAAUUCCAUUGUGGAUAAAUAUUAUCGUUGUUACCUCUGGAUGGUGCGUGUCCAUUGAUGAUUAAUUGCAACGGGGGCAUGUUAUUUUUACAACCGGAUUGCACAAUCUGUGGAACGUCAUUGUGAAUCAAACGAGUGACCUUUGCACUCCACAAGUUUGCGGUGGCCAUGGUGUGGCC